AUGAAGCUUGCGCCGACUCUUCUCGUUGGGAGCCUUUCGAUAGCGGCAGCGUCAGCCCGCUUCCUCGAACAGACAGAGACCAAGACCAGCAACGUGGUUCUCAAUGCCUACGAGCAGUUUCUCAUCGAAACCGCCCCCGGCAAGACGCAGUGGGUGACUGAGGAGGAGAAAUGGGAGCUUCGGCGAAACGGCCAGAACUUCAUGGACAUCACCGGCACACAGAAUCUCGGCGCGGGAAAUCUCUCGGCGAAAAGUACCGUGGAAUAUCCCGACAAGUGCGUCCACCAAGACAGGGUCCAUGUGCUUGCCCAACGACUGGACAAGGCGAAAAUGAGAGCCAACCUCGAGAAGUUCACCAGCUUCCAUACGCGCUACUACAACUCGGACCACGGCAAGAAAUCCUCGGAAUGGCUGCUUCGGCAGGUCCGCUCCAUCAUCAGCAAGGCUGGCGCCAAAAAGACCGUCACUGCCAAACACUUCCACCACGCGUGGAAGCAGAGCUCCAUCAUCGCCACCAUCCCCGGACAGACAAACAGCACCAUUGUCAUCGGCGCGCACCAGGACUCCAUCAAUCUGUGGCUGCCGGUCCUCGCCGCCCCCGGCGCUGAUGACGAUGGCAGCGGUACCGUCACCAUCCUGGAGGUGUUCCGCACCCUGCUGACUUCCAGGGAUCUUGUCAAGGGAAAAGCCGUCAACACCAUUGAGUUUCACUGGUACAGUGCCGAGGAGGGCGGCCUGCUGGGCAGCCAGGCCAUUUUCCAAAAGUACGAGAGCAGCAACUGGGACGUCAAGGCCAUGCUGCAGCAGGACAUGACUGGUUACGUCAGGGGCACCCUCGAUGCCGGUCUGCCAGAGAGUGUUGGGGUAGUGACCGAUUACGUCCAUCCUGGCUUGACCAGGUUCAUCAAGACGGUAAUUGAGCAGUACUGCAAUAUCCCCUGGGUAGAGACCAAGUGUGGCUACGCCUGCUCCGACCAUGCGUCGGCGUCAAAGGCUGGCUACCCAUCCGCAUUCGUCAUCGAGUCGGCGUUUGAGAAUUCAGACAAGCACAUUCACACCACCUCCGACCUGCUCGAGUAUCUUUCCUUCGAUCACAUGCUUGAGCACGCCAAGAUGACUACGGGCCUUGCUUAUGAACUAGCCUUUCACAAUUUCCCCAAGGCUGGUUAA